AUGUUCCUAGAAUUUGGGGAUGUCACGGGAUUUGAUAUGCGGCAGAACUUUGAGAUAUUCGCUUUUUGCGAACAGCAUAGCAAGUUUUCAAUACCAGGAGUCGACGAUUUAACGCCAGGGGUCUUCACAUUGCAUGUCCAGUAUUCACAAGGCAUCUCCCCGAGUAUAAUCAAUGAUCACAUCACCCGGCAUGUGAAAUCUUACAGUGUCCCAACACAAGUCCCUUCCCGAAUCUUCCGCAUGCCCCUUGCCUUCGACGACGGGGUAUGUCGUGCCGCCAUUAAGCGCUACGAAAACACCAUUCGACAUCAAGCGCCCUGGCUUCCAAACAAAACCGAAUUCAUCAAAUUCCUUGCGGAGCUCAAUGGGCUGGAGACCGUCGCCGAUUUGUUGUAUGAGGCAAGUUUCCUGGUUCUCGGCCUCGGGGAUGUGUUCAUGGGGUCUCCAUGCGCAAACCCAAUUGACCCUCGACACCGACUCUUUGGCUCCAAAUACAACCUAUCGCGAUCUUUUACUCCUCGCGGAGCCGUGGGGAUCGGGGGCCAAUACAUGUGCAUUUAUGCCACCGAUUCUCCAGGCGGGUAUCAGCUGGUCGGCAGGACAAAGGAGAUCUGGGACCAUGGCUGUGCUUCGAUUUGCUCGGGCAGGGACGGGCUUAUCGAUCUCGGCGCUGGAUCACCCGAAUUAGUCAGAAUUGAGGAGAGCGUACUUGAUCUCACUGAGUAUGAAUCGUGGCUGGCUAAGAAUAAGCUAGAUAUCGAGUCCAGAAAGGCACAUCAAGCACGCGCCAUCUCCAGUUCUCCAUUCAUAGAAGAGCUAGCACGGCCCUACCUGCAACCGAAUUCAGACUCAGGGAAAGACAAUCCCCAGCUCGGUGCCGACACGGUCCCGGGAGAGUGGAUCCAGGCGAUGAUGCCAGGGCGUUGUUAUAAGAUCAACGUUGAGGAAGGCGAUAUCGUCAACAAAUGA